CUGGCGCGCAGGCGCCGGCCCAGUCCCCGCGAGAAGAUGAACUUGGAGCGGCUGCGGAAGCGCGUACGCCAGUACAUAGACCAGCAACAAUAUCAAAGUGCUCUAUUUUGGGCAGACAAAGUAGCCUCCUUGUCUCAUGAGGAACCACAAGACAUUUAUUGGUUGGCCCAGUGUCUUUAUCUUACUGCUCAAUAUCACAGGGCAGCACAUGCCCUUCGCUCACGUAAGCUAGACAAGUUAUAUGAAGCCUGUCGAUACCUUGCUGCUAGGUGUCAUUAUGCUGCAAAGGAACACCAGCAAGCUCUUGAUAUUCUUGAUAUGGAAGAACCAAUUAACAAAAGAUUAUUUGAAAAAUACUUGAAAGAUGAAAGUGGGCUAAAAGAACCUUCUAAUGACUGGGAAAUGUCCCAAUCUUCAAUUAAAAGUUCUAUUUGCCUUUUGCGAGGAAAGAUCUAUGAUGCUCUAGAUAAUCGAACCUUAGCAACUUAUAGCUACAAAGAAGCCUUGAAGCUUGAUGUCUACUGCUUUGAAGCAUUUGAUCUUUUAACAUCACACCACAUGCUGACAGCACAAGAAGAAAAAGAGCUACUUGAAUCCCUACCUCUUGGCAAGCAAUGCACAGAAGAACAAGAAUUGCUGCGUUUUCUUUUUGAGAAUAAGUUAAAGAAAUAUAAUAAGCCUAGUGAAACUGCCAUUCCUGAAUCUGUAGAUGGUCUGCAGGACAAUCUGGAUGUGGUAGUAUCUUUGGCAGAAAGACAUUAUUAUAACUGUGAUUUUAAAAUGUGCUACAAGCUGACUUCAGUAGUAAUGGAAAAAGAUCCUUUCCAUGCAAAUUGUUUACCUGUGCAUAUAGGGACUCUUGUGGAACUGAAUAAAGCAAAUGAACUUUUCUAUCUCUCUCAUAAAUUGGUGGAUUUAUACCCUAGUAAUCCUGUAUCUUGGUUUGCAGUAGGAUGUUAUUAUCUAAUGGUUGGACACAAAAAUGAACAUGCCAGAAGAUAUCUCAGCAAAGCAACAACACUUGAAAGAACCUAUGGUCCUGCGUGGAUAGCUUAUGGACAUUCAUUUGCAGUUGAGAGUGAGCAUGAUCAAGCAAUGGCAGCUUACUUCACGGCAGCACAGCUGAUGAAAGGAUGUCACUUACCAAUGCUGUAUAUUGGAUUGGAAUAUGGUUUAACCAACAAUUCAAAAUUGGCUGAAAGAUUUUUCAGCCAAGCUCUAAGUAUUGCACCUGAAGAUCCUUUCGUUAUGCAUGAGGUUGGAGUGGUUGCAUUUCAAAAUGGCGACUGGAAAACAGCUGAAAAAUGGUUUCUUGAUGCAUUAGAAAAAAUUAAAGCCAUUGGAAAUGAGGUAACAGUUGACAAAUGGGAACCUUUGUUAAACAACUUGGGCCAUGUAUGCAGAAAGCUUAAAAAAUAUGAAGAAGCAUUAGAGUACCAUCGUCAAGCCUUAGUGUUGAUUCCCCAGAAUGCUUCCACCUAUUCUGCCAUAGGUUAUAUACAUAGCCUAAUGGGCAACUUUGAAAGUGCAGUUGAUUAUUUUCAUACGGCCCUUGGACUUAGAAGAGAUGAUACAUUUUCUGUUACCAUGCUUGGGCAUUGCAUUGAAAUGUACAUUGGUGACUCAGAAGCUUAUAUUGGUACAGAGAUCAAAGACAAAUUGAGAUGUUAUGACUUUGAUGUACAUACAAUGAAGACACUGAAAAACAUCAUUUCACCUCCAUGGGAUUUCAGGGAAUUUGAUACAGAAAGACAGACUCUGGAAGAAACUGGGCUUAUACCAAUAGAAAUGUCACAUCAUUCAAGGAAGAACACAGAUUCUAGGCCUCCAUUGGAAGAAACUUUUGAAAUCGAAAUGAAUGAAAGUGACAUGAUGUUAGAAACAUCCAUGUCAGACCAUAGUACAUGAUUCAGAGGCCUGAUUGGAAUUUCAUUUUGUCCUAAUAUGUUAGUAUUUUGUCACAUCCUUGUCAUGUUUGAAGAAUUUACUAUUUUUUUAUAUGAAUCCAAACUGCAUCUCUACAUCUAGCAGCGGAGAACUAAUGCCUGCCUUAAAAGACUGGAUAGCACACCUUCACAACAGAUGGUUUUCCAAUUUUACUGAUUCUAAAAAAAGUUACACAUUAUGGAAUAAAGAAGGUAAACCAUCUUAUAUUUUUUAAACUGUAAUGAGCUUUGACUGCUAUUAAAACUGUGAUAAAUACUAAGAAAUUAAUAUGAAAUUGUUUACAAUACAUAUCAAAAUUAAUUUAAAACAGCUAAAAGUUGUUAUAGUGUUAAGGCUACCAGACUUAAAGCCUAUCAGUGAAGCACAUUUUGUCAUUUUAAAAAAGCCAAAAGAAUUAUAGGGAAUCUUAGUGCAAAACUUGCAUUUUGUUCUUUAAAAUAAAUAACUUCAAAGUAAGUCAUUGAUCUUUUUAACUUCCGUGUCCUAGUAUUUGGGAGGCAAAAUGUGUUUGAUUUCAUCUCAUUUGGGGAUAUUAAAUUGAUGACCCAAGUUUUUAAACUACAUUAAAUGUUAUUCUCUUGUUCUAUUUUUGCCAAUUAAUUUUAUCAUCUUUAAUGCUUGUGUAACUUUUAAAAUUCUGUGAAAGAUGAGCCGGCAAUUUUUUUAAUGGUACAUAAUUUUAAUGUUAUGAACAGAUGACAUCUAGUUAUAGUAUCUGAAAUUGAUUUAGAAAGUAUAUAGAAUGACCUUCUUGUAUAAAGCAAAAAGAAGUCUUCUAAUAUUAUAUUUUGUUAAAAUGUUUAGUACAGUUUAUUUUGAAACUAAAACUGUGAUCUUUUUUUAUUUUAUAGUUUAGUCAUUUUAAUUAGCAAGAAUCACCCUACUGUGAAUUCACUGAAAAGAUUUGCAAUUUGUUGAGUCAGGAAACCAAAAAGAGACUGCAGUGCUUUAAGUAUUAAACUUUACUUAUUACCCCUCCAGUAACUCAAAUAAUCAUUGUAUAUAUUUAGCAAGUUUUUUUUUUUUUUCUCAUUCCUUUUUGACUCUGGGAUAGGUUGAUUUAAAAAAAAACAAAAAACUUAGUCAUGUUCAUUUCCAUUUAAGAUUAUAGGCACUGAUAUAUAUAUUGCCUGCUUGGUGGUAUUUCUAAGUGCACUGCCAGUUUGUUUGUUUUUUAAUUUGUACACUAUAGUAACCUGUAAGUUUAUAAUGCAUGUUAGUAUCAUUGAAACAGCUAUUUUGGUUACCACCACAUAUACUCAAAAUUCUCUUUCCCCAUAUCAGCCACCUACCAGUUCUAUGAUCUUGGGCAAAUCAUAUAACAUUUUUGGGCCUCAAGUUUUCUCAGAUUUAAAACAAGGAAGAUUUGAUUUGGAGGACUUUAAGUUCUUUUCUACAUCUAAAUCUGAUUCUAUAACACUACAGAACCAAAAACAAAGAUCAAUAGGCAUUUCAUUUGAGUGAAUAGUUUUGAAUCUUGUAAAGUGACAAUUGAUGAGUUAGAGCUUGUCAGAAGUGACAUAUAGAACAGUGCACAUUAGGGUUAUAAUGAAGUUGUUGCCUAACUGGUUUUUCAAGUCCCCAGACUGACAGUAUAUUUUUUGAGUUUGACUUGAACCUCCUUAAAAAGCCUCUCUGCUUUACUUUUGCAGAAACAUUCUUUAUGGGAAUAGCUUUUGUUCUUAAAAAUUUUAAAGAAUGAGAGAGAGUGCGUGGGGGGAGGGAGGUAUGGUUUGCUUUGUGGGGAGGGAAGCCUGAGAAGGGGCAGGGAAAGGAGGUGUGGUCUGGAACACGUGAUUUCACUAGUAUAAUAACCGUAUUAAGGAAAUAACAUAAGAACUGCCAGUAUGGAGUUUCCUCUACUAUUGUCCUUUGGCAGCUAACUCAUUUGUAACUUAGAGUUUAUUGAUAUAAAUGUAUUUUAGAAGAUUUUUUUAGUUAUAACUUUUUUGACCCAAAUCUAUUCAGGAAACUUUAUUUUUGUUAAAUAUCACCAGUCAAUUUUCAGAAUUUGUAAGAGUUUAAAAAAAUAUUGAUGGCAAAAGAAUUCCCUUUAAAGAGACAUGAUUUCACUGGCUUAAUUUGAAACUCCCUAUUCAUUUCAAUAUAAGUUUUCCAGCAGAAAAUUUUAAGUUUCUUUAAAAAAAAAAAACUCAAAUGGUAUAGUAGAAUAGAUAGGCUCAAUAUAGUAGACUCUGGAAAAAUUGGUUUCAAGGACUUCCUCUGACAUGUGAACUUAGGCAAUCUAUUUAAUGUUACUAUGCUUCCAACAAUUCUCUGAAGCAUAUCUGUGGAUAGAUUUUAAAGGGUCCAUGAAUUUGACUAGGGGAAAAAGUUAUUUUCCCUAACUUAAAAUGAAAUAGAACAUUUUUCUUUCAAUUGUUUAAAAACAUUCUUCUGAAAAAGAAUCCAUUGGCUUCACCAGACUGCCAAAGGAGGAGACCAUAACACACAAAAAAAUUAAGAAUCCACGAUUUACAAGCCAUAAAUUAAUUACAGAGGAAUUGCCAAGCUGUCUUAGUAGAGGAAAUUUCCAAACAGCUUCACAUCAAUGAAAUCAUAAAACUGAACCCCUCCCACUCCCAAAAAAGUUAGGGUUUUUGUUUUCUCUAAUAUACUAUAAAUCUACAUAGAUUUAUUUCGGCAUUAUUAAACUAUGUCAUGUAAAUAACUUAGUCUUGUGCAUUUGUUAGACUAUGCAUUAAAAGUCCACUAUUGGAUUUCUAAAUAAGGGAGAAUAAUAACCUACUAAUCUUAAUUGUUGGAUUACAUAAAUAUUCCAAGUUAAUAUCUUCACAUAAAGCUAUUCAUUUUGAUGUUCUAGAAAUGGGCCAAUAUCUUACUAUAAUACUUUUGUUAUUUCAUCAAUGUGUGUAGUUCCUAUCUUAAAUCAUAUCUUGGUGAGCUUAUGAAGUGCUAUGGCCAAAACUAAUCAUCAUGUGGUUGUCAUAUAUGUUCUAUGAUUGCCCAUCUAGUCAGAAAGGUUCCUUACUUUUUACUUUGAAGUAAUCAUAAUUUCUUUGGUCCUUAAAUAAUAAUUUGAAGUCUUUCUGGCUUCAUAGGCCUUUUCAGAGUUAGUCUACUGGCAUGUCCUUUGAGAGCUCAGGGUCACUUUGUACAACAAUGAGACUUUAGAAUACAACUCUAAAAAUUAUUCUUGAAUGUACAAUACUAUCUCUACAUUUUCUUUUUAAAAUUGUGGUACCUUUAUAUACUUAGAUUCCCUAGUAUCAUAUUUAUUUCUUAUCUGGGAUAAUACCAAAAAAUCCCUUAAGUCUACAAAAAUUUCAUUCAGUGCAUAUACCUCUUACAUAGUAUGUGUUUAGUAUUUGUUGAAUUAAUUUGAGUUCUUUGGUAUAAAUCCCUCAAAGAUUUUUUGUGAAUUUUUCCCCCUAGUUUAAGGAAUUGCUAAAUCGGUGUUUUGAUUACCAAAACUGGCAGUGCUAAACUUGAAUAGCUUUGGAAAUUUUCUUCACCUAUAAAAAUCUCCCUUAAUUUACCAUAUACCUAGGAUUUAAAUUGGAACAACUGCAUUCCACCAGAUUAAAAACCAUUAAUUUACUGGAAAAAAAAAGUAGAAAGUCUUGCUUUCAUUCAAGUAAAAUAAAUUUUGUAUUUUCAAAUUCUUUACCAACUCUAAAAAAAAAGGGGGGGGGGGGAUUGCGUUCUACUUUUUGUUAGAAAAAGAUUGUCAGAUAAUAAAAUGGCCCAUAAAAGUAAAGUCUGCAAAUAAAAGCAAAAUAAAUGCUGAAACCUUUUUUAAAAUUUCAACUAUUUUCAACAACAACAACAAAAUCAGUUCAGUACAUUAGGAUCUGUGUAUAAGGCAUGGUGCUAGUGGCUAAGAUAUAGCCAUUGUUUCCAGUGAAGUUAUUGUAGUUUAAUAAGGGGGUUGGAAGGGAGUUGUUGCAACAUAAGUAUGAUGUAAGGUAGAGCUUAAUGGGGCAAAGAAAAAGCACAAAGUGUUCCCAGGAAAAUUCAGGGACGGACAGAUUGCUUUCAGCUUUGCAAAAAGAUUUCAUGGCAAAAGUUGGAACUGAGCUAAGUCUCAGGAAGAAAAGGACAUUAAUAGAUGAUAGUAACUAGUGAUUAUAUGGAUAGAAAUGAAGAAAUUUUUCUAAAAUAUAUUAUGUUCUUUUUAGCUACCCUAAUGAAUGGAACAUUAUCAAAUCUUUUCCUUAAUAACUUAGGGUCAUCAUUAUAAACAUAGUGAUGUCCCUUGGUAUAUAGGGUCAUUUUCUCUCUGCCUGUGAUUCCAGACUGACAUUUUUUUUUGAGUUUUUGUUUCUACACUUCUUUGCACUCAGGGUAUUAUUUUUAUUAUUUUGCUUGCCUCCAGAUCUCUGACCUACCCCCUUAUAAACAGUUUCAGAGAAAUAAGAUAAUUAAAUCUGGGAUCAUAGAAUGUUCUAGUUGAAGGGACUAAAGAGAUCAUCUAGUCCAAUUCAUCUCCUUUUAAAGAUGAUAAAACUGAAGUCUAAAGCGGGAGUAGGGGUGGGGGAGUAGAGUUGGCAGGGAAUACAUACUUGGUGGAAUUUGCUUGUUAGAAUUGUUUCUGAAGCAAGAUGUAUAAAUGAGUUCAUAGUGAGAACUCUUUACUGAUGAGUAAUGUAUAUAGAUAUUAAGGUAUGUGGUCUUUGUAACUUUUAAGCUGGCUGCUAUUCUUGGCUGUAUUUUGUAUAGUUGAGGUUACUAGAUAAAUGGCCUCCUGACCAAUAAAGUGUGCUGUCUUUAGUUGACAAAAAAAAAAGUUUUCAGAAGUUGAUUCAAGUUUGUUAUAUUUCUCAUCAAUUAACAAUUAAUGUCAGUACUUAUAAUUUCAGUUGGUAAGUAAAUGAUUAGGAAAAGCAAACGGUAAUUUUUUUUAUUUCAAUUAAAUUUUUAUUUCUGUCUUUAUUUUCUUUUUCAGACAUGCAAAUUUUUGUUAGAAACAUAUCCCAAAAGAAUGUCAAAAAUCAGAGCAACUGGUUAAUUUUUUUUAAAAAAAAAAGGGGGGGGGGAUUUUUAUUUAUGGUCAUUAAAGCUGUUGCUUUUGAAAUGGCUAACAUCUGCCAGUUAUAUCUGGCAGAAAGCAAGAAUUUUUCUUUGGAUAAGCAUUUCUUUCUUGGGUACUUCCUUGGACAGAUAAAAGAGUGGGAAGUGAUGUGUCUCAAGAUGAAGUCAUCCACAAUUGACAGUUAUCUAGAGUUAACAUAAUUUUAUUUUCUCAUGGAACCUUCAUGUCAAUAUCAAGAAAUAUCUUAUAGAACAAAUUUAGUUUCCAAAAAGGGUCACAUUUUAAGGAAAUUCAUGCUGCUGCUUGGAAUUGCCCCUUUAAAAAAUUAUUAAGAAAUAUUUUAAUUGGAAAGAAACAGUGAUAUCAUGGGUAUAUUCAAAUCAUAUUUUAAGGUUAAGGAAGUAGAGUUUGAUCUGUUAGGUCUUUUAAAAGAUAAAUUGUUUUGUAAUUAACAUCAUUAAUAGCAAAAAAAAAAAAGUAGUAAAAUGGCAUCGUGGUAAAUGGAAAGAGCUGUAGACAAUGAGUUUAAAAACAGAUCAAACUUCAUCUUUGAUUUUUUUCAGAGUAACCCUAAACAAAUCAUUUAAUCUUCUUGAAUCUUCAUUUACUCCUCUGUAAAAUGGGGAUAGCAACCUCUUAUUAGGAGAGGGAAAGAAGUUUAUUCCAGACGUGGAGAACAGCCUAUACGAAGUUAUAGGAGGCAGAAAAAGGAAUACGCAUAAGGAACAUUAGAACACCAAUUUGACUGGUUUGUAAAGACUGCACAUAGUAGGUGCUUAGUAAAUGCUAGUGAAGUGACAGUUUGAAGGGAAGUAAUCGAAAUUUGAAAAUUAACAAUUUAUAUUAUUUUCCCUGAAAAUGUUCCAUCUAGUAAAAAUCUUUUAAGUCGUAGGGUAAUAGAUUGAGUGGAAAGGAACCUUUAGAAACCAUCAAAACCAGUCCUCUGUUUUGACUUGCAAAGAAACUUGAGGUAUAAUAGGUGUUUUAAAUGACUUACUUUCCCAGAUCAUGCAGCAAGUGUGGGAGGCAGGAAUGGAGUUAAGAUUUCGAUGACAGAGUCCUGCUGGACCAUCCUAACUCCCUGAGCUUUCUUAGAAACUUAUAACUUCAAACCUUUUCUUCCCAUUUAUUUCCAAAGCAUUUGAAAGGCAGCAGCAUAGAUUCUGUCCUCAUUACUGACUUUUUCAGAAUAUCUUUCUACCUGUAAAUUAAGAGAACUUGGAUUUAAAUUCUGUCUGAGGCCUUUCUUGACUUAACCUCUUUGGAUAGAAAUGAGGAAAUUGGACCCGAUAUUUUUAAAAUUCUAGUUCUGUAAUUCCCACCAAGAACUUUAAAGUUUAGCUGCUUAUAAUAAUAAAAGAUUGACUCCAGCAGCUAUAUUAAAAUGUAUAAUAUUCACACUAAAAAUAUUUUUACUCCUAGCAUAGCUCUGGUAAAGACUUUAGAGAUCAUUUGUUUCUACUUUAUCAUAUCAUAUCAUAUCUACAUUAUCAUACCAGAUAAUGAAACAAUCAGCCAGAGAGGUAAUAAUUAAGUUAAGGGUGGAAGCUAGACUUGUUCCUUGAUCCCCUGACUUUUGUUUUGUGUUCUUUCCUCUAGGCAAUGCAGGAUAAAGUAUUGACAUUUUUGAGGGGUUUCGUUUUUUUUUUUUUUUUUUUUUGAAAGAAUAAUCUGAUGCAUCUAUUCUUCUAAGCUUUUUGCCAGAGAAUAUCAAUAAAGAAAAAAAAUUUCAUUAUUCAUUUCUCUUUAGACGAAAUAUGAUUUCCAGAUAAGUAUUCUAUGAUUCUUUUCCAUAGUCAAAAUGUUAGAAACUAAAUCAUUUGAAAACAUUUCUCUUUGAAUUCUCAAAUCACUUGUCCAGGUUAGGUUUGCAUAUGGUAGACAGAAAGAUAGCAUUGAACAAGUCUGUGUUAUAUCUGCUCCUAGAAGUGAGUUUUAUCUUUGUAAUUUCAUUUUUUUCAGUAUUAAAAUGAGGUGAGCUUUGUCUUUCCAAGUUCAUUUAAUUUAUAUCAGUAUUGAAAUUACCAUGCACUUUAAAAUCAUCCAUAAAUAUUUAUUUACAAUUUGCAAGAUAAUUCAGAAUAAGUUCUAAAAGAAACACAAAGGCAAAUUCUACAGAGUAUACAGUCUAGGUGAGAAAACAAAACAUUGUAAAAGUUUAUGUAGCAGUAGGAGAAUACUUUUGUUCACACUUGAAUGCUCUCCUUUUCUAGCCUCUAAUUCUUAUGCACCUUUUAAAGCCUAAUUCAAAAGACAACUCUACCAGAAGUCCUUUGCAGCUGGUCAUUGCUUUUCCCACUUCAGAUUGAUUUCCUGUGAUCCUUUAUCUGUACCACUCUUAUACUUUAAUAUUAUAUCAUAUUUGUCUUAUAAUUCUCUGAUAUGCUCUGUGAGGUCAGGGAACCAGACUGUCCUAACUUUUCUGAGAGGCAGUAUUGUUUGUAUAUACACACUAUACGUAAUACAGUGGAAAGAGCACUAGAUUGAAAGCCUCUGAUUCUAUCUGGGUUAUCUAUCUUGGGCAAAUUCACCUCACCUCUGAGCCUCAUUUCCUCAUUUGUAAAAUUGAAAUAAUACUUGUAUUACUCACUUAAGGGUUGUUGUAAGGAAAGUGCUUUGUAAAUAAUAAAGCAUUUUAUAAAUGUAUGUUAUUUCCCAUGCUAAUAUACUUUGCUUGUAGAUGGCUCUUGUUUGUUGAAAUAUGAUUAAAGUCCAGCUAAGUAACAUAGAUUUGGAUAUCACUGUUAAAUCUUGUUAGUCCUUUUCUUAUCUGUAAUAAAGGCAUUCUGCUUUUACUUAAGCUUAA